CACAAAACAAGAAGUACAAAGGAAACAAAAGGAGCAGCAGCAGUUCGCACCAACUCCUGCUAGCUCCUACUUCUGCCGUCUUUCUCACCAUUUGUACUUUUUGGGCUUUCGCCAUUUGCAUUUCUUUUGUGGAGAAAGCAAGCAAGCACGAAAAUACUCCACAGAUACCACUUACCUACCGCUCCAAUCCAUCCGCCCAGCAAGCAUAUUUCUCCCCUCUCACACAGCCCAGCACCAGGAGGCCAGCCGCCGCCGGGAGGUCCGUCCAUCUCCCUGCUGGAUCCUCCAGCCUCUAUCGGUCUGGUGGAGCGGAGAUCCGGCCGUCCGGGCGCGGAUUGGUUUCUUGUUUUGCUGGAGCAGGAAGCUGGCAUUCCACAAUGUCGUCACCUUCGUCCUCCCCUACUCUGAAAGAUCAUCUCUCGGCGCCGACAGGCCCCUUGCAUCUCAAAGUAUGGGAGGUCAUAUGCAUUGCCUUGGGAGCUUUCAUGGUGAUCUUCUUCUUUAUCACCGUGUGGCUCACGAUCAGGAGUAAGAAAAGGGUAAGACGGGCCUCUGCAAAUAUCCCAAUCACCCAAAUCCCUGCCAUUUCCAAGGAAAUCAAGGAGGUGAGGGUGGAGCAAGUACCGACAAAUGACUAUGUGGCACAUGAUGGGGUCCUCCUGACAAUCCAAGACAAGCCCAGUGACCGGGAUUCGGACAAGGUGAUGGCCCAUUUGGGCGUAAGCAAAUCUAGACGUGGCGAUGAGAGCCACUCGGGGUCAUUCCGUUACAUAGACAAGGAUGCAGGAUUCCAGUCAGCUGAAGAAGGGGGCUCAGGAACAUUUCGGCAGGCUUCAGCUCAUGCAAUAACUGCUCCUUCACCUCUGGUUGGCCUGCCAGAGUUCUCAUACCUUGGUUGGGGUCACUGGUUUACUCUGAGGGAUCUGGAACUUGCUACCAAUCGCUUUUCAAGGGACAACAUUAUUGGUGAGGGUGGAUAUGGUGUAGUUUAUCGUGGCCAGCUCAUCAAUGGCUCUCCUGUUGCUGUCAAAAAGCUUCUCAAUAACCUAGGGCAAGCUGAGAAGGAAUUCAGAGUAGAAGUUGAGGCUAUUGGUCAUGUUCGCCACAAGAACUUGGUCCGUCUUCUGGGUUACUGCGUGGAAGGUACUCAAAGGAUGCUUGUCUAUGAGUAUGUGAACAAUGGAAACCUAGAGCAAUGGCUUCAUGGAGCUAUGAGUCAUCGUGGCUCCCUUACAUGGGAGGCCCGCAUAAAGAUUCUUCUUGGGACUGCUAAAGCGCUUGCUUACUUGCACGAGGCAAUUGAACCCAAAGUUGUGCACCGUGAUAUCAAAUCCAGCAAUAUUUUGAUUGACGAUGAGUUCGAGUCCAAAGUAUCAGAUUUUGGUUUAGCCAAGCUUCUCGGUGCUGGAAAGAGUCAUGUCACCACUCGGGUUAUGGGAACCUUUGGGUACGUGGCACCAGAGUAUGCAAACACUGGACUCUUGAACGAAAAGAGUGACAUUUACAGCUUUGGAGUUGUUCUCCUAGAAGCGAUUACAGGAAGGGAUCCUGUUGACUAUGGUCGCCCAGCAAAUGAGGUUAAUCUGGUCGACUGGCUAAAAAUGAUGGUUGCCAGCAGGCACUCAGAGGAAGUAGUGGAUCCCACCAUAGAGACACGGCCUUCGACAAGAGCUCUUAAGCGUGCACUUUUAACAGCUCUGAGAUGUGUUGAUCCAGAUUCAGAAAAGAGACCGAAAAUGAGUCAAGUUGUCCAGAUGCUGGAAUCGGAUGACCCAAUUCCUCGAGGGGACAGAAGAUCUAGGCACAACCGUGGAGGGAGCUCAGAAAUGGAUUCCCAAAGGGACAACUCUGACACAGAGAAGAGUGAUAAUCGAGAUUCCAAACCAAGCAGGAGCAGAGCAUCAUCGUCCAAAUAAGCACACCAGCAUUUCUCCUAUUACAUUGCUUCCAGUACAUUGCAUGGACCGGACUCAUUCCAUUUUACAUUGCUGACGAAUUGGUAACUGAAGGCUCUGGAGUUUGAUUACACAAGAGCUCAAGAAAGAUCUUUUUUCUUGGUUGUAACGGUUUUAUCAUUUAUUUGUAGAGAAGGUAUUGUUUUUUUUUACUUAUGAAUUUAUAUGUACUUACCAGUGAUCCUGACAAUUGCCGCUGUAAGUAUUUAACACUGUGUACAGUUGUAGCAUCAUGAAUACUGGCGGAAUCCAUAAUAUUUGUGAAUGAUAAUGUUUCAUUUGAAAA